GUUCUGUGAUUCCUUAUUAAAUUUAUAUUGAGUUUUGCUAAAACAAAGCCUUUUGCUGAGAAAAUGUAAUUACUUUUCAUACAAGUUUGUUUUGGUAGUAUUAUAUUAAUUUUAUGUAUUAUAUAUACACAUAGUUUUAGACAUGGGUGGAUGCAGAUGUUCUUAUAAAAACUGCACAAAUACAACAAAAACUACAGAAAAUGUACAUUUCUUCCAUUACCCCGUUAAGCACAAAGAACGGUGUAAAGUAUGGAUUGAAAAUGCAAAUAAACCACAGUUUUGUGAUUUAGAAGAAGAUCAGUUAAGAAAUAAAGUGAUAUGUGAAGUACACUUUGAAGAUAAAUGGUUUCCAAACUGCCAAAAAAAACGUUUGUUACAAGGCGCAAUACCUACUUUAGAUGGCGAUUGUAAAACAGAACCUAUUUCCGAACCUUCAGAAACACCAUUAUAUUUAUCAUCUCAUUUACAAGAUGUCCAAGUAUUACCUGCUAACGCUGAUGGCACCAUAUUUGUUUUAGAUACGGAUGCAAUAUUCAAUAGAUCACAGAAAAUUGAGUCUUACCUAUACAAAAAUGGUGAUAUUGUGCCUACAAAUUCUAAGCCGUCAAAGCAAAUCGUAACCUCAAAACCUUCAACAAGCACUGAGAAUAAUGCUAUAUUUUCUACUUUUAAAAAUGAAAUUUUACCAAAUUCUUCAAGAACAUUUGAUGAAAGAACAAACGAAGGAGUAGAUGCACAUGAUUUUAGAACUGUAGUAAAAAAGGAAGUCCCAGAAUAUCAUGAAAACGUGCUAAAUAAAACAUUAAUGCAUCAAAUUUCCCCACAGAACAUGGUGCAUGAGAUAGAAACUAUGCAGUAUGAGCAUCAACGGCAAGAUUUGGUCUAUGAAGAAUCGGAUACAGAUAAUCAUCAGAAAAGAUCAGUGUCUCGGUCAGUUAAUACGAAAAAUAUACCAAAAAGUGUCAUUGAAAAGUCGGUUUCAAGGAAUUACCUACGUAAAAUAAAACAGCACAGUAGAGAUAUUGCAUCCAUUAAGAGGAUGUUGAAGCAAAAAGCGUUCAUGGAUACUAAACCGGAUGUUAAUAUUUUGUUGAAUUCAAUGAAAGAACAAUUACCUCCAACAUUUUUUACUAUCUUGAACUUAAAUUUGAACAACAAAUACGAUUUGACAGACGAUGAUAUUGACUUUUUCACAACUAUUCACAAAACGUCACCGCAACUUUAUCAGAUGUUAAUUGAAAAAUAUAAUUGGAAUUUACCUUGCGUAGAUAUCGUAGAAGAAACUACCAUGGAGUAAAACAUAUUUUAAGAUCUACUUUAGCAUGUUAUUACCAAUCAUGAUUGUAAAGGUGUAUUGAAAUAAAUUUAUCUUCUUA